CUUUUUAUUUUUUCACAUGGUAACUGGUUUUCCCAAAACAAAAUCAAUUGUUCACUUUAAAUGAGAUUUAAUUGUAACUUCUAUUUGUGAUUGACCACAUCAGUCAAUUGAGAAUUUCAACCAACAUUACAAUUAGUUAAUUGUUAAAAAGAUUUCGAUCUCUGUCUCAACCUUUCACUCGGACAAUUUAUUCUGUGAUUAUUUAUGUCAAGAUAACUGCUCUUUUCGUUUUGAUUGCUAAUUAUAAACAACAAUUCAACAUCAAAGAGGAUUCAUAUUGAUACUUAAAGAUAAAGUGAUUCGAGAAAACAAAAGCGUCGAUAAUCAUGUUACAACCAAUUGCCCAUCUUCUUAGUAAACAGAGAAAUAUCCUUGGUAGUACUUCACCUCGACGACGAGCUCUUCUUGAAUCAAUUGGACUUAAUUUCGAGAUAAUUGACAGUGGUUUUAAUGAACAAUUGUUGCGGGAUAAGUUUAGUCAUCCCUGUGAAUAUGUUAAAGAAAAUGCUAAACAAAAGGCUAUUCAUGUGUACAAAAAAUUAGCCGAUGCCGGUGAGACCGCUGACCUGAUAAUCGGAGCGGAUACUGUGGUCACUUUUCAAGAAUCUAUUUACGAGAAACCCAAAGAUAAAGAAGAUGCUUUUCAAAUGUUGACCAAAUUAAGUGGUAAUUGGCACACAGUAUUUACCGGUGUUGCUCUGGUCACAAAUUCAACUUCACCUCACUCAUCAGCGGCUUUGACAACAAUUAACAAUCCCUCGUCAACAACAACUACGACAACAAUAACAACAACAACAUCAUCAACAACAACAACCUCAAAUGCUUGUAGUAACAAGGAUGAUAAUGGUAACGGUGAUGAUUAUGUGGUGACAACUUUCCAUGAAGCAACCGAUGUUUACAUUUGUCAAUUAACACCCAAUAUAAUUAACUCUUACAUUGAAACCGGUGAACCAAUGGAUAAAGCUGGAGGCUAUGCUAUUCAAGGAAUAGGAGCAACUCUAAUUGAAUCAAUUAAAGGAGAUUAUUUCAAUGUAGUUGGAUUACCACUUCAUCGAUUAACCAAAGAAUUGUAUCACAUGUAUUCCGAAUAGAAUUAAGAAUACAAUUCGAACACUGAUUGUAUCACCCAAAUAGAAUUUUCUAAAUAUUAUCUUCCUCUCCUUCUAAACUCUAUCAUCUUUGACCACAAUUUCUAUCUAUUUAAGGUUUUCUUACCUUUUCCUUUUUUUCUACUCCAAUAUCUGAUCUAAUUUGUCUUCUUCUUCUUCUUCUUCAACUAAUCAACAUCAUUACAUGACUGUAGUCAAGUUUUGCUAAUCGCUUUUGGAUAAUCUUUAUUUUGUAAAUCUCUCUCUCUUCUUCUUUGAUGAAAUAGGAACAGUUCCUAUCGGAUUGUUUGACCAAAUCUCGUUGACCAUGAAUCAAGAAUUCUCAGUUCCAUGUAUUGUAAAAAAAAAGUGAAAUCCCUCAACAUCCAAACUGUUUAAGCUCUUUCAAUAUCUUUUGCUAAUCUCUUUUCAUUUUAUCCUGUUAUUGUUUAUCCAAUCUAAAUGUUUGCUGUCAAUUACCAACCCUUUCAAUAUAUUUUUACCCAUCAAAUGGUUAUCAACAUAAACAAAUUAAAACAUUUA